AAAAUGGAUAAAAUAAAGGAAGAAAUUCAGCAAUUACUCACCUGCCAAAUCUGAUUGGAGGGGCUCAAAGAUCUAAACAUUGUAUGCCCAAAAUGCCAAAACCACACCUGCACAACCAACCAGUAUUCAGAACGCUUUGGUUGCUUCGAUCUUCUCAAAAACCCCAAAUGCUGCCCCUUCUGUAAAGCCAGAAUGGGACGCAAGCCAAGCGUCGAUAUUAUAAGACAAAAGUUGUACCAAGUGUACUCAAGUAGGACCCCUUGAUUCUACUUUCAAAGAGAUAAGUGAAGCCAAACUGGGUCAUCCGUUGAGGAAGAUUGGGAAUUUAUCGGAAUGAAGAAGGAAAACAGAGAGAAUGAUAAGAAGAAGUUGGCUGUUUUGAAGAAGAAAAGAGAUGAACUGAUAACCCAGGCUAAUUAUUACUUAACAGCCUCUAAGUUCUCAGAUAUGCACCAGAAAUCCUUGAACUCAUCUAAAGGAAUGGAGAUGUUCAAAAUGGUUGAAUUUUUCAAGAGCUUCAAUGAGCUCAAAUCAGAUGUAGAAAUGACCUUCAAGAAUAACAAAAUUCUUCCUAUUCAAAAUGUUGAAGAGGGAGGCAAAUAUAUAGGUGAAUGGAAUAACUUUUGAGAUACUAGGCAAGGAAAAGGCAUUCUUUUCUUAAAAAAUAACAAUAUUGUUCAAGGAAAUUUUUUCAAUGACAGAGCAGAAGGAAAGGGCCAGAUAUUAUAUCCUGAGAAGAAAGUUAUAUAUAAAAAUGAAUGGACAAGAAAUAGAAAGAUGCACAGCGGAAUAGUGGAGCAUAUUGAUCCAGACAAUCCAAGUCCUUUUGCAUCAAAAAGACUUAAAACUGCAGAAGACAAAGAAGUUGACUUGAUAAGAGUAAAUCAGCAUCAGCCAGCUUCCAAAGAAAUCAUCGAAAUAAACGAAACCGAUAGCAAUGUUGAAUCCCUAAACCCCCCAAAUCUUCCAUCCUCCACCUCUCCAUCACUCCCCCAGCCCUCCUCUCCCACCCCAAAAACCACCCCUCCCCCGCCUUCUGCCAACAAAGAAAUAAUAAUCCUUGAUCUCUAACCAUAAAGGCACCUA